GACCUCAGUCAUUUUUCCUUGAAAGAUGCUGACCGACACAGGCCCUGUGGCCAAACUCUACUUGUCCAUAAUCGACGAUGUGAUUGACAGCGUGAGGGAGCUCUUCUUGGACGAAGGAGUUGAAGACCGCGUCCUGGAUGAUUUAAGACACCUCUGGGAGUCAAAAGUGAUGCAGUCAAAAGCAAUGGAAGGCUUAAGGAAAAACAGCAUCAACCCAUCCAACUUUGUGCUCCAUCUUCCUGCCAGCUACACUCACACUGAUCAGGAACUCACAGCAUCAGUCGUGAUCCCUGCGAAUCAGAAUAUCCGCAGCUUCCCAGUCAAGAACAAUUCUGAGACACUUGCUACCUUUUCCCUCCCUGCUGGAUUGGCUUACCCUGUGCAGAUACCAGCAGGAGUCACUCUACAAACAGCCUCUGGUCAACUUUACAAGGUCAAUGUUCCUGUUGUGGUUACGCAGGCCCCAGUGGGUCAGCAACCUGCAACCCAACCCAUGCAGAAAGUCAAUGAAUGGAGGGAGGCUUCUGCCCCCCAGCCUGCUCCAGUCCCACCAAAUCCCAUUCCUCCCCAUGAGGCAGAACCAUCCUCUGUUCCAGCGCCGUCUGUCACACAGCCAAAGACCAUUUUACCCUCCAGCCAGGAGGGCAGCCUUCCCCAGCAGUCUACAGAGCCAGAUUUCCCUCAGGAAGAAAAUGAGCCAAAUCCACAACCUAACCUCAGCACGACUGCCUCACCUUGCACUCAGUUAUUAGACUUCCAGAUCAGAAGAGAGGAGGCUUUGGCACAGAGCAGAGACAUUGAUGACAUCCUGAAAGAAGUGAUCGAGGAGGAGACAGAGAAAGCAGAAAGGGCAAGGAAGCUAGCUCCUGUGGAGUCUGGCAACCAGUCUGAAGCUGCUCUUGGGUUGGACCUGGACUACAACUAUAGCCAGUUCUCAGACAUUGUUCAGCUGGAUGGUCCUGCAGACAACUCUGACCGAGAGGAGGAAGAGGAGGUUCCCCUGGAAGAGAAUGACUUUCUGGGUAUAAUCAAUGCAGAAGCCAUAAAGGCCCUGCAGGAAGGAAAUGAAAGCAGUGAUGGCAACAGCAUCUCCUCCAGCAGUGAUGGUGAAGGUGCAGAUGAACUCGCUAACAUAGAGGAGGAGGACCCUCUGAAUUCAGGUGAUGAUGUGAUUGAGCAGGACAUCCCAGACCUCUUUGACACUGACAAUGUCAUUGUUUGCCAGUAUGACAAAAUUCACCGCAGUAAGAACCGCUGGAAGUUUCAUCUUAAGGAUGGAGUGAUGUGUUACGGAGGCAGGGACUACGUUUUUUCUAAAGCUGUUGGGGAAGCAGAGUGGUAA